AUGAAUGUAUGUUUCCUGAAAGAGUUAGCGUGGAAGGCUUUAGGGCUUGACCCUUCGCUUAGACGAGCCCUUCGGCCACGGCCACCCUCAUCCAGAAGCGGUACAGAGAGCGAGCCCGCCCAAAAGAUCAAGAAGAGAAGACAGUUCCGCAAGUUUACCUAUCGCGGAAUCGACCUCGACCAGCUCCUCGACCUCUCCUCUGAACAGCUUCGCGAUGUCGUGCACGCUCGUGCCCGCCGUAGGUUCAACCGCGGUCUGAAGCGCAAGCCCAUGGGCUUGAUUAAGAAGCUCCGCAAGGCCAAGCAGGAGGCCAAGCCUAACGAGAAGCCCGACCUCGUCAAGACUCACCUCCGUGACAUGAUCGUUGUCCCCGAGAUGAUCGGCUCCGUCAUUGGUAUCUACUCCGGUAAGGAGUUUAACCAGAUUGAGGUCAAGCCCGAGAUGGUUGGCCACUACCUCGGUGAAUUCUCUAUCUCUUACAAGCCUGUCAAGCACGGUCGUCCCGGUAUUGGUGCCACCCACUCUUCCCGUUUCAUUCCCCUCAAGUAA